AGAAUUGAAGGUGUAUAAAAACGAAGAGCCACUUUUCAAACGACCCAUCGUCCAUGGUCCACCUCUCAUCCAGUUCCCCCUCCCACUACUAAUAUAUACUUACUACUCGACCACUGUCACAAUGAAGCUACACUUUGCCCUCUCACUUUUCACCCUGGCACCAAUCGUUUGGGCGGCUGAUUACCUGUCUACAUGCUCCGACUGCCGCCUCGCCUCGAGCGACCCUCCAAAUCUCUCCUGUGCAUGCCAAACCCUGGACGGCAGCGAUCGAACGACGACGAUAAACCUUAAUACAUGCAUCAUCAAUGCUGGUGGGAUCCUGCGACAGCAAAGACGUGGGAACUUUGCCGGAAGCUGCGACUCGAUUUCAUACUCGGCAAAUGGCGAUUUGAAAGCUCUGUGUCGGAAUGGUGUCAAGGAUGAUAGCGAUAAUUGGAUUACUAUAAACUUGAAUGACGUUCUCAGCAACUUUGAUGGGAAUCUCGGCUGUUGAGAAGAGCACAAAGGCGAAUCCAAUAUUGGACGCUGAGCUGCCAGACAGCUUGGCUCUGCCGUUUUUUUUUUUUUAAUGAUGACGACCAUUUCAUGUUCCAGCAAGUGUAUUCCAGAACACCUAGAUAGAUUAGAUGAGAUUAUGCCCCAAAAUGACCCGAAUGAUAGGUGAUAAUUCAGAA